AUGGACUUGGAAAGAAAUGAUGAUAUCCCAGGAACCGAACCUCUUUUACCGGAAAGAAGUUCUCAGAGACAGAAAGGUCUUCAGGAAUAUAUUAAAAAUCGCCUUCGUUCUCGAAAUUGGCAUUGGUUCAUUCUCUGUCUGGUUGCAUCCGAUUUUUUUUGCGUGUUGACAACCAUCACGAUCACCUUUCUCUGGCCCGAGGAGGAACAUGGGGAGAUGAUCGAAACACUUUCGAUCAUUGCGUUUCUGAUCAAUACCGUGUUCGUGAUCGAAAUUUUUUUAAACCUUUUCGUCUUCGGAAAUCAAUAUUUUUCAACUGGACCACAUUGGUUCAUUCAUUUGUUUGAUGCUUUGGUUGUGAUCGCGACCUUCCUCUUGGAAAUAUUUUUGAAAGGAAAAGAGAGAGAAGUUGCAGGAUUAUUGAUCAUAUUCAGGUUGUGGAGGUUGAUUAAAAUUCUGAGCGCGGUGGCCGUUGGAUUGGGUGAAUACGACGAACAGAAGGUUGAGGAGUUGGAGAAGAAAAUUGAGGAAUUAGAAGAUGAAUUGAAGAGUUUGUUGAGGACAGCCGACCAAAUUUCCAAAGAGGAUGAUUGGGAUGAAAGCAAGAGAGAAAGGGAUAACGCAAAGCGGGGAUUCUUACAAAUGGACGACCGCCUUUUACUUUAUCGUGGUGGUGACCAGGAGGACCUCAGUACAAUUAAUCCUGACACCAUAGUUUGGCAGCAUAUUCCAGUACCGAUCAUGUAUAUCAGCGAUAAUUGGCCUAUAAAGUAUUCUUCUAUAAGCGGAGAUGGAAGAUACAUAGCAAUCGCUGGGAGACGCGGUUUGGCCCAUUACAAUGUUUCCUCUGGUCGUUGGAAAUUGUUCGGUAACCAACAACAGGAACAAGAAUUUGCUGUUCGUGGAGGAUUGUUGUGGUUCAGGCAGAUCUUGGUUGCUGCGUGUGAAAACGUGCGAUCGCAUACAUACGAGUCAGCUUCAAUAAUAUUCUUAAUAGACGGUAAACUCAUAUUGCUACAUCCCAAAAGGAGUGAUGAGGGGGAAGUACAAUACGACCUUCACGUUCUCGCUGACAAGAUCGAGUUUUAUUGGAUGUCUACUCGCGGCAUAGGCAGUCUAAAGAAUUCUUUGUGGGCAUGUGAUGGACAAGGAUUAAAAACUCACUUAUUCUUGCAACACAUAUUGAGAUAUAUGCUGACCAAAGAACUCGAAGAAGAAUCAGUGGCCUUUGCGACAAGCUACCAGAAAUUGGUAUAUUUUGGACAUGCAUUAGAGAUGCUUUUGCAUCUCGUUCUAGAAGAAGAAGCCGAACAUUCUGCUGUUGGAAAAGCGAAGUUAUUACCACGUGUCGUGAAAUUUCUUAAUAAUUUUCCUCAUGCGCUAAAUGCGAUCGUUGGCUGUGCGCGUAAAACUGAGGUGGCGUUAUGGGACUACCUGUUUUCUAUUGUUGGUAGCCCAAAAGAUCUGUUCGAGAAAUGCAUGUCUGCCGGAUUACUCAAAACUGCUACCUCAUAUUUAUUGGUGCUUCACACCUUGGAACCGUCGACCGAUAGUAGCAAGGAUACUAUUCGAUUGCUGUCCAAGGCCAUGGACUCGGAAGAUUACGAGAACUCAUAA